AUGAGACCCAAUCGCCUUGAAAGGCAUUUGAAGCAACAACAUCCUACUCUGGUUUUGAAGACGAAAGAGUUUUUUUCUUCUAAAGCAGAAUCACUCAAGCGGAUGAGACUGGAUAAGUCGGGAAGCUAUCACAUGGGUGUAUCGCAGCAUCUCAAAGCUUCAUUUGAAAUAGCUUUUAUGAUAGCCAAGCAAAAGAAACCUCAUGCUAUCGGUGAAGAAUUAAUAAAACCAUUUGUCCUAAAAGCCACAUGGCAAACGUGGAAAAUUAUGGAACAUGGUCAGCAAGAUGAUAUGGAAAAAGUUUAA